AUGUUCUGUUGUUCUAAAAACAUAUUAGACACGGUGGAUAAGAGGAGGAAAGGUCAUGGAAUGUACACAGAAAAAAAGACAAACGAUGAGAAAAAUGAAGUAGUAUCAAUAUGUGACAAUAAAGUGUCCGUCGUUAAUAUUUUAAGAAGAGGAAAUGAGCCCAUGUCGUCCAAGGCAAAGGAAGCAAAGAGUGAGACCAUUAAGAAGACACCGUCGGUGUGUAAAUCCAGUGUACUCAAAUAUUAUGAAGCGAACAUUUUGAAGGGGGAAUGUUCCAAGGGGGCAUCCCUUACAGAUGUAAAAAAAAAAGAAGAAGAUACACACAAGUCAGUCCAUGAUAAACAUAAGAAAGAUGUUAUUAAGGACAAGAAUGAAGUGGCUGAGUUUACUCAUUUGACCACGAAGCACAAAUUUAAAGCUUUGAAGGAAAUACAGAGGCAGCUGAAUAAUUGCGUGAAGGAGCAGGAGUUUAGCGCCCACGAUGAUAUUUUGUUCUUGAACAUUUACAGACUAACCCACAAGAAAAUGUACUCCCUCAUGGACGGGAAAAAGAAGAAUGUGGGCUACUAUAACUGCAACGAAGUCCUGGACAUGAUACUGAACGGGAAGCUGCACAAAAACAGCCUAAUUAAACGAAAGUCGGAGGUGCAGUAUGUGUACCUAAAAGAAAAAAUUAACGAAAUUCAUUUUUUAAAAAAUAUGGAGCUACAGUAUUAUCUCAAAAUUAAAAAAAACAUACCCUCCAUAAAAUCUAAAUGUGAAGAAAAUUACACAAAGGAAAACUCCCUCUAUCUGGAAUUCAGCGAAGCAUUAUUAGCAGAAAAGGUAAAGUCAUUAAAACAGUUCUUUAUUUCUCCCUACUGCAAAAAUGUUGUAGAAAUAAUUUUAAUACCUAAGCAAAAGAACUGGAACACAUUUGAUGGGCAUCAUAAGAUUUUCGUGGAUCUAUUUGUGACAAAACAUAUUUCUGUAUACUUUUAUCACAUAAUUGAGAAAAAAAUGGAAAAGCAUAAUUUGGCACAAAAAACAGGGCCUGUACAGUUAAGAAUAAAAUUGAAGACAAAUUACCCCCAAGCAAUAAAAACCAUUUUCAGGUACAUAUACGACAAAAAUUUAAACCUUUAUGAAUUAGAUUUUAAAUUAUUGGUAACUGUUUAUAUGGAGUGUGUUCAUUUGAAAAUUCCUAGCAUCAUGGAUGACGUGAUUGAGGUGAUUUCUCAGAAGGCUACCUUUGACAAUAUCAUUGGGGUCCUGGGCCUGGCGUCCACCUUUAAGCAGAUCGGGACUCCCCUCUUUAACGACUUCGCCAGAGUCAUUUCGGACUCGGGGGGCUACCUCUUGGCCAAAAAUUACCACUAUCUGCUGGACAGCGAAACGUACAGCCACGUCCUCGGAAGCGACAACCUCAUAUUGAACGAAAUGAGGCUCUUCAUCGAGUCCAUAAAGUUCAUAAUCAAGAAGAACUGCGACAUGAAAGAACAAAAUUUAAUUUUACAAAACAUCAGAUUCAAUCUUCUAUCCUUGGAGCAACUCCACGAAAUUCACCAGUACAUAAAAAAUUGCUUCGAAGACAUUUUACAUAGCAAGUACGACGAGACCAAUUUCAUUUGCAUGAGGUACCAACAUUCAAAGUUGAGGAUAAAGGAAGAGAGUCCACAUAAUGACCAUAGGGAAGCUUCUUCCAAUGAAGCAAAUGAUCAGACUAAACAAGGUGCUGACGGAGACAAAUCAGAUGAUGUAAAGGAAAAUGAAGAUGGAGAACAAGUAGCAGCACCUGUUGAAAGACCCCCCAAGUUUUCAUUCUCUGAAGAAAUAAAACACUUAAACGAAUUUUACAAAAUAAUAAAUAAAGAAGCAUUUGAACCCCCUUACAUUAGUAAGAACAAAAAAGAAUUAUUAUCCAUUAAGGGAAUAACAAUUUGUAUGAACAAUAUUUAUAACAUCCUUUUUGAUCAGAUUUUUAAAAAAAUGGGAAAUCAAAAAGAAAUAAAGCAGAGAUGCAGAAUAUGGAAGGAUAAUAAAAACUUCUUGUGUGUAAACGAUUUUACUAAUGAGAAAUACUCCUUUCAAUUAAUUAAAAAAAAAGAAAGUUCAGCUAAAUAUGCCUUCACACAUGGGGACGAAAGGUUGAUAAGCGAAUGUAAGUUAGUUUACCAAAUUGCACAAAGCAAAGAAAGUAAUAUUUCUAUCGGAGUUAUUUUAAAAACGAACGAAUUAAACAUUUUAUCCAAUCGGCAGAAUUGUAAAAUUCCAGUGACGUUACUCCAAUGCAGUGACCAACUGGUCAUAUACUUUGACUUUUUUGUAAAUGAUUUUUACGUGUGCAAUAUUGACAAUAAUAGCUGCACGUUAAUGAACAGGACCAAGUUGAACAUACAUGCACAUGAAAAUAAAUUACAAAAUGGGGACAUCAUUAUUUACAAUGUAGCCGUUAUAAAUGAAGCCCUCAAAAUUGACAUUACAAUAUUACCAAAGAACAUCAACUUUUCCUUUUCCUUUGCGUUGCUAAAACCGAUCAUUUGGGGGGGGCAGGUGAUGAAGAAGCCCUUCAUCCACGUGGCGCCCUUUUUCGCCCUUAAGGAUGCGUUAGACUCUAUUUCGGUGCCCAUCGUAAAGUUUUAA